AUGCUUCUAGUGAAUGCCAAGGCAGUAUUCAUGAUAGAGCUCUCAAGGACACCCAAGAAACCGCGCAAACAAGCCUCUGAGACUUUUCAGUCCAAUGAACGGUUUGAUGCGCUUGUUCGGGACCGGGACACUCUGCGUGCGGAAGUGACAGACAUGCGCAAGUCAUUGGAGGAAAUCCAGUCGAAACAUCAUGCGGAGAUGGAAGCUCUGCAAGAGAAGCUAAAUGACGCCGAAAGCAAAAAAGACCAUGCAGAGUUGCAAUUCCAGAAACUGCUGGAAAGAGUGAACACAAUCAAAUCUCAACUUGGCGAGAGACUGAGGGAAGAUGCUGAAGAACUCGCUCAAGCUAAAUCGAAGAUCGAGGAGUUGGAGGAGGAAAUUUCAAGCAUCAAGGAUGAAUACCAAGCUAGGUGUGGUGAGCUCGAGCUGUUGUCUGAGGAUAAUAAAAAAAUGUUCCAAGAGCUUUCGACUCUGCGAGAUCGCACAAAUCUGUCCCAGCAGAACUGGCUGAAAGAGAAGGAAGAGCUCCUGGAACAUGGAAACUAUCUUCAAUCAGAGUUCGAGCAAGCAAAGGAGGCCAUGCACAACUGGGAAGUUCUCGCUAUGGAAGAGCGGUCUAUCAGAGAAACUCUCGAACAGAGGAUGGUUGAUCUGGAGGAAGAACUUGGAAGCGUCAAAGAUGCCUAUGAGAAAGCAUCUACAGAACGUGACUCUCAAGUGGCUGCGGUAGACGGACUGCAGCGAGCUUUGCAGGAAAUUCAGACAGCACGGAAGCAAGAGCUUCGUGAGUUGGUAGAGAACUCUGAUGCUCAGCUCGAGGAACUGAAGCAGAGCCUUCAGGAAGCAAGCAGAAAAGCGUCUGAGGCCGAGAAAUCAUUUCAAGACGCUCGAUCUGAGCUCGAAAGAGUGCGGCCAUUUGAGAAGGAGGUCAAAGAAAAGAAUUUAUUGAUAGGAAAGCUAAGGCACGAAGCGGUGACGCUCAACGACCACCUGACAAAAGCUUUGCGGUUCCUCAAGAAAGGCAAACCGGAAGACAACGUGGACAGACAUAUCGUGACAAAUCAUCUUCUACAUUUCCUUGCUCUUGACCGGUCGGACCCCAAGAAAUUCCAAAUUUUGCAACUCAUUGCUGCGCUCCUCGGAUGGACCGAUGAAUGGCUUCCAGCGCUGGUAAGAUCGUCGGUUCUAUCGAAGCGAGGCUUCCUUCUACUGACCCCGAGUGCAGUGCACAAAUUCCGCCCUGUUGUAGUCUCAGGACCGUCAGGAACCGGAAAGUCGACUCUCCUGAAGAGGCUUUUUGCCGAAUUUCCGGACACAUUCGGCUUCUCGAUCUCGCAUACCACGCGAAGCCCCCGUGCCGGUGAGCAAGAUGGACGCGAAUAUUAUUUCACAACAAAGGAAGAUUUUCUCGACCUGGUCAGCAAGAAUGGAUUCAUUGAACAUGCGCAAUUUGGCGGCAACUACUAUGGCACCAGUGUUCAAGCUGUGAAGAAUAUUGCGGAGCAGGGUCGAAUCUGUAUUCUUGAUAUUGAGAUGGAGGGCGUGAAGCAGGUGAAACGCACUGACCUCAAUGCGCGCUUUCUGUUCCUGGCCCCUCCCUCGGUGGAGGAACUGGAGAGGAGGUUGCGAGGGCGAGGAACUGAGACGGAAGAAAGCUUAAACAAGCGUCUUACCCAGGCGAAGAACGAGCUCGAGUAUGCAAAGGAGCCUGGUGCUCAUGAUAAGAUAGUCGUUAAUGACGACCUGGAAAAGGCUUAUGCUGAACUGAGGGACUUCAUUGUCAAAAGGGAAUAG